AUUGUAAAAUAAGGUAAGUUAGGGGUCCCCAUAAAGCUCAAAACAAAACAAAAUAGCAGAAGGGAGGAAUGUGCAUGCAUUAACAUGUAUAUUACUGUGAGCAUUCCCCUUCCCAAUCUCAAACGGCAAAGGUGCCCCCUACAUUUCCUUAUUCUCACAUGAUAUUUUUCCAAUUUGUUAAUCUUGCUUUCUUUUCUCUACCCAUUUUUUUUUUCUUUCCCCCCCUCAUUUUUUCCUUCUUCAACCAGAUUCUAGAAGAAAGAUGUGCCCAUUUCUGCUUACUUAAAUCUCAAACACAAAACCGAAUCUUUGACAACAAUUUCGAGAUUUUCCCACCAACCCACCCCAGCAAAGCACCUGGUCGCUUCAAAGAUUUUAUUUUUAGUUCUUGGGGUGGGGUUUCCACCGUUUUUUCCUUUCACCAUUGGCAUCUGCAGCAUCACUCAAUUGCACAAACAGAAUGGUCAACACUUUAUGGUCACUUUGUGUGGUUUGAACUUGUUAGAUUCUUGGUGGGUUUAGUUUAAUUUUGACUGAACGAAUGAGAUCUUGAUGAGGGUUGGAACCAGUUUCCUUGCACUGCUCUCAUUGUUGCCGUUGCUUCUUUCUCCGCAAUUUUCAAGUGCUCAGCUUCCACCUGACACUGACAUCUCAUCACGCACCCUUGAUGCCAUUCUCCAAGAUUGUGCCUUUAAGGCAUUUUUGAGGCCAAAAACUGGGGUACCCUAUGGUGGCCAAGUUCCCAGAAGCCUAAAUGGAAUUAGAGUUUCAGCAAUGAGGCUUAGGAGUGGUAGUUUGAGGACCAGAGGUGUUGAAAAAUACAAAGAGUUUCAGAUCCCAAUUGGGGUUGUUGAGCAACCUUAUGUGGAGAGGCUUGUUUUGGUGUACCAUAACUUAGGCAAUUGGUCUGAGAAGUUUUACCCUUUGCCUGGUUACACAUAUUUGGCUCCUGUUUUAGGUCUAAUGCCAUAUAGUGGUGCCAAUUUGUCUGCUUCUGAGUUGCCUGAAUUGGACAUAAGAGCUUCUGAUAAGCCAAUUUUGAUCAACUUCCCUCAUGUGAAAUCAGCACCAUUAGGGUCAGUGCCCAAGUGUGUGUACUUUGAUCUACAUGGUUCAGUGCAAUUUGACAUCCUAUUACAUGGGAAUGUUUGUUCAACAGUCCAACAAGGGCACUUCUCAAUUGUUGUGGAGUCUAAUGCCCCUUCCCCAGCACCUGCUGCUGCGGCUGUGGCUGCGGCUGCGGCUGCUGAUGUUAGGAAAAGUGGUAGUGGGAGGAACAAGUCCAAGGUGUGGGUAAUUGUUGCAUCUUUGGUUGGUGGAUGCCUCUUGUUGAUCAUGUUGAGUCUUUUGGUUGCUAAAGUGAGGAGAACAAAACAAGGGAUGAAGAUUCAGCAAUUGGAAUGGGCAGCUGAGAGCAAUGAAACUUUGCAGAUAGCAUCUAUUGGGGGCACCAAAGCACCAUUGGCAGUAGGGACUCGCACAAGACCAACAAUUGAAAAUGAUUACAUACCUUAGAUUUGAGGGAUUCUUGUAGGACCAAUUUUUUUCACUUUUUUGUUUUCUUGUUUGGUGUUGUAAUUUUUGUGUUCAUAAUGAGUUAAAAAAAAUGCUUUCCUUGUCUAAUUGUCUUGUUCAGAAAUUCAGUUUCAUUGGUUUAGUUUGGUAUGAUUUCAAUGAACCUAAAAAGACAAGGUUUUAUAGAGCCCUCAUUUCUCUCAUCUUUGAUCUGUUUGUCAGCUAUGAAUUCCAUUGUGUUGAUUUA